AUGCGGGGCCUCAGUCCCUCCUCGCUGUCGAGCUCCGGCACUCUCUUCGAUGAGGCGGCGGCGUCUGACAAGACAUCCGUGUCUCGGUUAAUUGACGUGCUCGCCGCGCCCCGAGACGCUGGUGGAUUUGGCGGGACGCUGCGCUAUUGCGACGUGGGACUGCUGCUGCAGCAGAUUGAGUGCAAAUGGGACACGGAUCGCCUUGACGACUGCUGGUACGACAUGGUCAAGGGAUUUCCGGUGACUGUCGUUGACGACAUGCCCUGGGCUGCGCAGUGCAUCCAUGAGCACCUGCAUGGAGAGGCUGUUCAGUUUGUGCUGCGGUCGCCCGCUGCACCGACACGAGACGACCCUCACGUUUCGCCACAGCGAGCACAAGACAUCGACCGAAUGACCACCGAGCCGCAUGUCUCACGGUCGAGUAGUCGCAACGCACCACCACCACCACCACCACCACCACCACCAAAGCAACAGUCACCACCACCACCACCGAGUGAUCAUCCAGCAGGCAACGGGCGCUCGAGAACACCUGGAAACGCGCGUUUCGCGUCGCCAACGCUGUCAAGUAUGCGACGGAUCCGCUCGGUUGCGGCGCCGUCGCGGCGCAGGAGCCCUGGAAUUGCCUCUCCACGGAGAGGACGCUCGCCACCGCCGACGAGCGACGAUGUAUUCAACCGGCUCAUAGAGGACGCCAAAGAUAGAAGAAGGAGGGCAACGACACCAACACCAGCGGCAACAACGCCAAUAUACAACUCGACCACAGCUGCAAAGGGAGCCUCGGAUCACUCUUCCUCCCCGCGCCAGUCACUUCGGCGGGCGUCGCCGACUGCGCCACAAUUUAACCGGCCAACAAAGUCGUACGAAGCGAAGUUGGCUCCUGAGCCUGAGCUGCUGGAUCGCAUAGAAGCUGCUGCGCCCACUCCACACGUGGAGCGGCGUGCCCCGCUUGGCCCAUCGUCGUAUGUGCCGCCGGGCUACGUCGAGGCGGUGGCGCGCCUGCGCGGAUUUGCUGCGUCGCGCAAUCACUAUCAGUUCGUGGACUCGCUGCGUGCCGAAUCACCCGCCCCUGUGGUGGCGGAGCGGUCGCCAAUUCUACGUCUGCCGCUACCAGAUAGUGGGGACGGGAAGAGAGUCGUCGAUGUGCGCCUGGCGAGUCCAGUGCGGUCGCGCCACCAUGUGAUACCGCGGGAUGUACCGUACGAUGAUCCGUCGCGUGUGCUCAUUCAAGAUGUUCUCUGUGGAAAGCGAUUUCGGUGCCGCCAGUAG